AAUAGCUUUAAAACCCUAGCAUUUACUCUUCUCGCACUUGUCUCCUUCCCGAGCUUCGUUUUCUGCUCUGAACUUCGAGACGGCUUUAAUGGCGUCAGAGAAGAAGCUAUCUAAUCCUAUGCGCGAUAUCAAAGUCCAAAAACUCGUUCUCAACAUCUCUGUUGGUGAAAGUGGUGAUCGUCUUACCAGAGCCGCAAAGGUGCUCGAGCAGCUCAGUGGGCAAUCUCCAGUCUUUUCCAAGGCUCGGUAUACCGUUCGAUCGUUUGGGAUCAGGCGUAACGAAAAGAUCGCGUGUUAUGUGACCGUGAGGGGUGAUAAAGCAAUGCAGCUUCUUGAGAGUGGUUUGAAGGUUAAGGAGUAUGAGCUAUUGCGCCGGAACUUUAGCGAUACUGGUUGCUUUGGUUUCGGAAUUCAGGAGCAUAUUGAUCUCGGAAUUAAGUAUGAUCCUUCUACGGGUAUUUAUGGUAUGGACUUCUAUGUUGUUCUGGAACGACCAGGUUACCGUGUAGGUCGUCGCCGUAGAUGCAAAUCAAGUGUUGGAAUUCAGCAUAGAGUCACUAAAGAGGAUGCCAUGAAGUGGUUCCAAGUCAAAUAUGAAGGAGUUAUUCUGAACAAGUCUCAAAAUAUAUCCUAGAAAAGGUUCUCUACUAUCUUUGAUGGCAUGUUCAAAUUUUGGCAAUGUGUUUAGUACUUUAAGAUUUGUCUGUCAGAGCUAUUUCUUUUUUAAGGAGAGUUUAAGCAUUUCUUAUUCUAUAGUGUACUUUGUUUCAACUCAGUAUACAAUUUUUUUGGUUGAUAGGGUGCCAAUUGUUUUGUUAUGAAA